UACAGGGGGAAGCUCCGGGGGCUGCAGUCCUCUCCGCACUCUCGCGAAGCGGACUUUGCUGUGCUUCUCCUUCCUCUCUAGCAUUGCUCCGGCUUCUUUCCAGCGGAUAAAAGCGUUGUUUUCCAUCGCCCUCGCAAUCGAUAAGUGCUCAGACGGGAUAAUACAGGUUGGGCGAUACCUGCAACUGCCCAUUUUACAGAGAACGCGGGGAAUCUUUCGUCAAGUUGCUCGGUGACGAGCAAUGGAAGAAGUGUUAACCGAGGGAAAAAAUUUCAAAUUGUUAAAAGACACAGAGCUGGAAGAAGUACUCGAAGUCCUCAGUAAAUUCCUGCCCGAUUCCAUAAAGUUCCAUCAAACUCUGACGACUUAUCUGAACGAUCGAGUUUGGGACUUUCAUUUCUACGUUAACAAAGAUUGGCCAGAACGUCCCGUGGUCCUGCACUUUCCUGGAAUGACCAAGACGCCAAACAACACUCUCUACGAAAGUUUCAGCGUUUUCUGUCCGUGCGACCAGCUCGAUAACCUGGAUUUACUCAAGGAGGAGGACGUACUGAUCGACUGGACCAGGCCGAUCUAUAUGAACUUCACUCACGCUAGUAUAAUGGAAAGAAUCGAGGAGUUCUAUUCCGAGAUAGGAACGAUGGAAAAGAUGACAGGGGAUAUCUAUGUUCAGACCGAAGACUGGGAGGAAGAGAGCACAGAAAUAGAAUUCGCAGACGAUGCGGAGAUGCUGCAGCUGUCGCCCGAGCAUGCGCCAACAAUUUACGAGCUCUACCCCGCCAAUCACAUGGAAUGCAUCGAGGUGUUCGAGAAACUCAUGGAGAAACUGCCAUGUUAUGGCGUGUUCUCGAAAACCGGCGAACUGGCCGCGUGGAUGGUACAAUCCUACUACGGCGCCAUGUUCUCGAUGCAGACGAAGCCCGAUUUCAGGAGAAAAGGCUACGGCCUAAUCUUGGCCAAGUACCUGACCAACAUUGUCAAAAACCGAGGUUAUAUGCCGUUCGUCGUAAUCCGUCCUGAGAACGAUGCGUCGAAGGGUCUGUACACGAAGCUGGGAUUCAAGAAACACUUCGAAACCGUCAGAGCCAUCUUGCAUCCGAACGACAUGGCCAACGACCAUCAGGGUGGGGGGGAGGCAUCGUAAAAUAACUUAUUCUGAUUACCACGCACAUUUUACAUAGUGGCUUUCAUUCGAAUAAUAAGUAUGAUGAUCAUUUGCUCUGUCACUUCCUCCGGGAUGCCGCGGUGGAAAGAGGUUAGAGAGUCCGAACAUUAUUGAAAGGUCCAAGCUGCGUUUUUAGACGAAGCUAUCAUGGCGGCAAGGAAAUAACUCCGGCAGAUAGCAUUGGUAAAAUGCGUUUUGGAGUAUUCGUCAGAUGAGGCUCUGUGUUCGAAAGUACUUCUUAGCUUGUACCAUUUUCUCCGUCAUUUUCGUGCGCACGCAUCUCUUUUCUAUGCUCCUUCUUAGUUCAAUCAAUGAAGAAGAAACUUUGCUGGUCCGUUCUGACAGUUGCAGUACAAUGGUGCGGUUCAAGCUGAGCACAACUUCAGAACACAGAAUAUCGAUACUAUACCGAACCCUUGUCCAGAUAAAACUCGCCGAAUUAGUGCGAAAAACAACAGCGAUUCUCUCUUAUCUUACCAUUAGGUCUGUUUUUGUAACAGUUACUUUAAAACGAAUGAUGAAUCGAAAGGUCCUAAACAUGAUUUAUUUUUUCGAUUCAUUGUAAGAAGAAUUUCUAAGUUCUUUAGCUUACACAUUCUAUUAUUAAAGAUUGAAUCUAAGGAAUUGAAGGUGCACUGUAGAUCGUUGAAAAUAGAAAUAUCGAGAGUAUAUCCAAAAUGGAUGUUAUUUUUGAAUAUACGAGGUGUUUCAAUGGGUUGAAUGACACCUGGUAUAUUUCUCGAGUAGCAUCAAUUCAAAUGAACCUUCCUUAAAGGCUGUGCGUUUUUUAUACGAAAAAUCAGCUUCGGAAUUAUUUUAUUAGUUUGAAAGCAUCGAUGCUUCGAAAUAACUAAAAAAAAACAAACGUGGCUGUGACAUUUUUGAGGCUCAUUUUAUAACUUCUGAGUAGAUAAGAGUAAAAAGUUAGGUUAAAUGAAGAGCUGUUACAAAAAGAGGCUAGAUGAAAAAGCGUGGCCAUUAGGAUCUAUAUUGAAGAAGUAUUUAAUUGUAUUAUUCAAAAGUAUAAAAUAAUCAUCUUGCCGUUUAUUCUGACGGAUAUAUUUCCUGCCCUCAUGUAUAAAUCAACAAAAGUGCGAAAAAAAGUGGACUUUAUGGGUCGCAGACAGAUCGGCAUCUCUAAAGUUAUAACUAUUCGCCUGGCAUAGCUCAAAUGCUAAUUUUUAGCAUCCUCAAGUUUCGCAAAUUUCUACAGUAUCAAAAUAUGCACCGAACAAAGUUUUGUCGAAAAAAAAAAGGAAUAAAAACAGCUUGACCAUCGUCAUUUUACAAAAUUGAUGUUGAUAUAGUUGUUCCGAAGAACUCAAUCGACUUAAAAUUGUCCUUUGAAUUCAGCAUUUCAAUUAUAUCCCUAGUAGUGGAUACCUCUUCUAGAAAAAGUUAUUUUAGGACCAACCAACCAUGUAGAAGAAAGGAUCGUUUGUAAAUUUCCAUAAGCUGGUAGUGUUUAAUAAUUUUACAGAAUGUAUUUAUAAUAUAUUUUAUUCGAUGAAAGGUU